UGUAGUGGAGAGUCCUAAUCCCAAAUUCGUAGCUGAGAAAUCCCUAAAAACUAAAAAGGGUUUUCAGUUUUGUUUUGUAGCAGAGAAGAACGUAAUCAUAAUCCAAAUUCCAAUUCCAAAACGAGCCACCAACAACAACCCAACUGGUGUCGCUCUGUCAGUUCACUUUCCUCGAGUAGCAUUGUUGGGGCUUGAACCAACCCCUUGUUUUAUUCGUAGUCAUUGAGCUGUGGCAUUGUUUGUGUGUAUUAGCAGUGUUUGGUUCGUACUAUGAAGAGGACUAUGCCAUGGAGUGAUGACGAUGAGUCAUCGUCUUCACAUUCAGAUUCUGAAUGUGAUAGUGAAACUGGAGGGGGAAAUUCCAAAGGUAAAUCUAGAAAGCAGACAACUAAGAAAAGUGGUCUAAUUGACUUUGAAGCUCUGAAGCGACACGGUUAUAGAGGUGGACCUUCAGUCCUAAAAGUACCCGCACCCAAAGAGGAUGACUCGAAGAAAAAUUGGUCGUGGUCCACUGGAAAAGAAAAGCAUGUAGACAAGGAAAUUGAAGAAUCAUAUGAAGAGCGAAAGAAAACAAGAGAGGCUAUUUCCCUAGGAGAGGAGCUGCCAGCUGCUCUGACUUGGAAUGACAAGAAGAAUCUUUCUUUCUCUCAGAAGGAAAAGAGGAAGAGAGAGCUGGGUCAAGCUAGCAGAGGCAAAAAUUAUGUUGAAGAAGAGAAGAGGUUGUUGAGAGAGAAUGGAAUCUAUUCUGGUUUUGAUGCUUAAGUUGAUAUGCCAGCCUAGAUAGAAUGUCCUUCAUCUUGUACAAAGGCAUUGCCUCAUUUUCUUGUACUGAAAAGACUUGGUUAUAACUUGUAAUUGUGGUUUCAAAUUUGACACAUGAAUUGGGGGAGAAUCUACAAUGGUCUCAACUCAACUUAAUGACUGAGCUUAAUUAAGCCCCUUUUUUUGUUGUAGGAAAAAAAAAGCUUUUGGAGGAAUUGCUUCCGAUGUUUAAUGUAUUUAGAUGAGGUGACUUUUGAACCAAUGCAAAUUCCUCAUUCAAAUA